CACUCCAAGCCGUGUAAAGUCUUUCCUUGGCUACAACUGCAACUCAAGAGCAAACAGCAGCCAUUUAUUAUCUCCUGACUUUUCUACACCACCCCAUGCCCUCUCUCUAUCUACCUCUAUGCCAUACCCAAAUCUUCCAAAAACUAUAAGAUUUACAUAUAUACAUCACACAUGUAUAUGUAUAUAUUUACACACAAGAUGUACAACCAGACCCUCUUCUUUGUCUCUAAGAAUGGUCCAGGUCCAGCUAGCUGGACCUGGACCAAGUUUUGUAGAGAAGGAAAAUAAAAAUAAAAACCAAAAAAAAAAAAAAAUUAUGGAAUUGGAAGGAUAGGGAGGAAAGAAAGACAGAGAGAUAUGUCUCCUAUUAUCCUCCAACCACAGCUCUCUCCCAAACACAUAAUCCACUUCCCACAAAUGCCCUUUCUGCAUAUCCCAUCUUCAUCACUCGUUCCUUCCACUCUAUCUCCAACCUUCAUGGGCCUUUUCGGUUUCUUACAUUCAUGGACUCCACACAGAGACCCAAUUCAAGAUUCUCAGUAUCCCAUCUUUCCAUAAUUACCUUUUGUUAUUAUUACUACCGCUCUCUUUUUUCUCUCUCUAUAAUCUCAUACCUUAUUUUCCAACUCCAAUUGGGUCUCUGUUUUUUUCUUUGCUUAAUCUCCAAGUUUUUUUUUUGUACUUGUGGUUUCAGAGAACAAGUUGAGAAGGGUUUUAAUGGGUUCUCAUCAAUUUUCUGCCUCCUCCUCUAUCUCUCUCUAAAAAACGUAGGUUUCAUCUUUUAGAGUUGUGGCUAAAGAUUCAAUUUUGGAGUUGGAGGUGAAAAGGGUUUUGAAUUUUUGUCAUUAUAUGUAACAUAAGACUAAGUUUUGAUGUUGAAGAGGCAAUUUUGAAGACUAAGAUGAAAAGGGUCUCCAUGGAUUCUCAUCAAUCUCGUCCUAUUGAUGGUGGGAGGGUUAAGGUUAAAUAUCAAAAUUUAUUGCAAGAUUACUUGGAAUUGCAAAAGGAAUUUGUUUCAAAGAAGAAAAAAGCGCAGACUGUAAAGCUAUACAGAGAGAACCUUUUGGCUGAAGUCCAAUUUUUGAGACAAAGGCACAGACAUUUAUUGAAGUUACAAUCGCCCAAAGGCAAAGCAGAAUUUGUACAACAACAGAACUCAGAUAUAGGCACUCAAUUGCUUGCAAAUGAGAUUGACAACAAUGUCAAUGAAGCUGUUCUAAAACAUCCAUCUCCAGUUCUGGCUAUGACGCCUAUUUCGAAUGAUGAACAGGAACUGAAAAGGAAAGAAGACAUUGUUUGGGAACCACUGAGAGUAGGGAAGAAGCCUAAGAAUUGCAUGAUCAAUGACAAAAGAGUUGGGAAGAAGAAAAUCUCAUUGCAAGAUCAGGUUGCUCUGAAGGUUUAAAUUUCAUAUAUUCAGCUCUGUUGUGAGGAGAUAAAGAGUUUAUAAUUUAUUGUCAAUGUGAUAAAAAAUUAUUAUUUAAUCUCUUUUACAUAUAGGUCUCCUUUCAUUCCCUUAAAUUCUAUGUGAACUGUAGAGUAUAUUUGAUAAUUGCCCAUGUAGUUGGGAUUAAGACCGAAAGUAUAGAUGAAAACUGUGGAACACCCUUUGAUAAGAUCAAUAUAAUUGUCUUUAUUUCCAA